UCUGAGGAGAAUGCAGGAAUUACAAUGCGACCACUGGGCGGUGGUGGGUGAUGGUGGCAAGGUGAGGGAAGUCACCACCGGCUGAUGUUUGGCGCUUUCAUUGUUUUGGUGUGAACCAAAAGUGGGGUUUGUGAGCUUAGUGAGAACUCAUCUGUCCCGUCUUGCCCAUCUAGCGUUCAACUCGAUCAGGCUGUGGCAAGAUGACAGGAUGGGGAGCGGUUGCAUCUCAGAUCCAGCUGCAGUUUUCUCCACUGCGCCUGACCAGGCAAUUGGAGCACGAUCUGUCCACUUGCGGCGAUACCUUCUUGAGAGGGUGCAAGCUCCUCAGGAUAACAGAGGUUAACAUUUCCCCUCUGAAACUGAACCGACGUUCGCGGGGCUUUAGAGAUUGUUCUCCCUGCACAUGUCAGAUGCUUGCGACUCAAGUCAGCAACUGGACCCAGAAAGAGCGGAGUUGUGACUGGUUGCCCAUGCAGGGAGGGCGGCAUGGUGCCUUGCGGCUCACAAGAGGAAGAAGAUACAAUGAGCGGUGUGUUGUCGCCAAGGCUCGUGGUGGUGUCGGGGAUGGCUUCGGUGAGGAGGGCACAGGUGUCGAUAGAUAUGACUUGGAGGUAUCUGUCUUCCGAUUUACACUGGGACUUCCUUGGCUAGAGGAUAGGCUUCUUCCUCGGGUUGUGGGAAUCAUGUUGGGAUUCCUCAUAGGUGUUAAUCAUGCAGUUUCACCUCCGCCUCUCACAGCCCCGCAACUGCGAACCGAGGUCCUUGGCCUGUUUCUUGCUGCCAUAGCCGUGGCGCUUCCAUCCAUUAGUCUUCGGUUGAAGGAAGCGAGGUUGGCCAAGAGAGCUAAGCAGGGCACAAUAGCUGGUGGAACAGAAUUGUUUUCACUUUCAAAUGUUUUAGGGGAAGACGCGAGGAAGGAAGUUGCUUGGGCCAGCUAUGCACUCCUUCGGAACACAGAUGUCAAGGGGUUCAUCGUCUGGAGUCGGGGCGCUGCAGUCUGCGCACGUGGGUCUCUGUCUAUGAGCGCGGUUCCCGCGCAGCAAAGCCAAAUCCGAAGCCAAAUUGCUCCUGCGUCUGACUUGUUAGCUCAGCUUGGGCGCGUGGCAUCUAAAGUCGCUGCCACAUCAUUAGGGGAGUUUAGUAAGAGAGCGCGAAGUUGGAGCAUCGCGUCUCUAAAGGGCAGGUCGGAACUUGUGAAGAGUGGGGCUUUAGACUGGGGCUUCUUGCCAAGUGGGGUUGAAUCCGCCCUUGUUUAUUGUGUGCCGCAGCAAGAUGAGAUUCCACAGCCGCUGCGGCAAAAAUCACUCCAAGGUCCAGGGUCGUCGCCACACCUGUUGGUUGCAGUUUUUAGUGAUGUGCCCAGAGGUUUCCGCACUCAGGACCGACAGUUCAUCUCGGCAUUGGUUGACAAGUUGGCACACAGUUUUGUUGGAUUAUGAGACGUGCUGUCUGUCUGGCUAGGGGUGUGUGUGUGUGUGUGUGUGUGUGUGUGUGUGUGUGUGUGUGCCAUCCUCUGUGUGAAUACGAGAUGUGGCGGUAUUGUAAUAAAUUUCUUAAAUUGAAGCCUGUCAUCGCCACGCGUUUCUGCUUUGUGGUGGUAUUGUAAUAAAUUUCUUAAAUGAAG